AUUUAUAUAUGGACACCGAGUGAUCCGGAGAGAAAGAUCAAUCGAUCAGAGAGAGAUAGCUAGCUAGAGAGAGAAAUGGAUUCUUCGGCUUGUGCUUUCCCGGAAACCCAUGUGGUUCUGUUCCCCUUCAUGUCCAAAGGCCACACCGUCCCUAUUCUCGACCUAGCCCGGCUGCUCAUCGGCCGCUGCCGGGGCACCGCCGUCACCAUUUUCACCACCCCGGCUAAUCGUGCUUUCAUAUCUGAUUCGCUUUCGGACGUCGUCACCGCCCCCUCCGUCGUGGAGCUUCCGUUCCCCAGCCACAUCGCCGGAGUGCCCGCAGGAGUUGAGAGCACUGACAAACUCCCGUCCAUGUCCCACUUCCUCCCGUUCGUCACUGCCACGAAACUCAUGCGCCCCAGCUUCGAAGAAGCACUGGGAAGGCUCAACAACGUUAGCUUCAUCGUCUCCGACUUGUUCCUGGGCUGGACCGUGGAAUCAGCGUCGAAGCUUGGAAUUCCGCGGCUCGUCUUCGAUGGCAUGAGCAACUACGCCCGGACCGUGUGCCAGGUCGUCGGCGAGAACAGUCUACUAGCGGGACCCCAAUCAAAUGACGAGUUGUUUACGGUGACCUAUUUCCCAUGGAUCAGGCUCACCCGAAACGACUUUGACGAGCCCUUCAAUUUGCCCGACCCAACGGGUCCUCACUUGGACUUCAUCAUAGAGCAGAUUAUUGCAAAUUCAAGAAGCUACUGUCAUAUCGCGAACAGCUUCUACGAGCUCGAGCCACUAUACGUGGAUUACUGGAACCGGCACUGCGAACCCAAAGUCUGGUGUAUCGGACCCUGGUGCUUGGUAGAGCCCCAAAGGCUCGGCCUCGAGGCCCAAUCGAAGAAGCCCAAGUGGCUGCAGUGGCUUGACCAGAAAGCAGCCAGUGGAAAAUCAGUUCUUUAUGUAGCUUUCGGGACUCAAGCGGAGAUAUCUUCCCAGCAGCUACGUGAGAUAGCAAUUGGGUUGGAGAAAUCGGAGGCGAACUUCUUGUGGGUGGUGAGGAAAGGCGGGUCCGGGUCGGACGUUGAGGACGGGUUCGAAGAGAGGGUGAAGGAGAGAGGAAUGGUGGUGAGAGAAUGGGUGGAUCAGAGGAAGGUACUGAGUCACGACAGCGUGAAAGGGUUUCUGAGUCACUGCGGGUGGAACUCGGUGGUGGAGAGCAUAUGCGCGAAGGUGCCCGUGCUGGCAUGGCCGAUGAUGGCGGAGCAGCACCUGAACGCGCGGAUGGUGACGGAGGACAUCAGGGUGGGGCUGAGAAUGGAAACAGCGGAUGGGUCCGCAAGGGGGUUUGUGAAAUGGGAAGCGGUGGAGAAGAUGGUGAGGGAGUUGAUGGAGGGUGAAGGCGGGAAGGAGGUGAGGAGGAACGCGGAGGCCCUUGGGGGCGCUGCGGCGGAGGCCAUGGCGGAGGGCGGCUCGUCAUGGGAGGCUUGGGACCGGCUCUUUGAUGAGAUCGGAGCUGCAAGAGCGGACUCUUGUUGAUUCUUUGAGGCUCCAGCAAUAAAUAAAUAAAUAGUCUAGACACUGCAAGACUGUUAGAUAACAUGGGGCUUAUAAUUAGCAUUUGCCAACUAGUGCAGCCAAACAAACCUCGUAAUGUAAUUAAAUAUAUUCUAAUAACAGGUUUACCUGGUGUUUUACUACCAGUGGACAAGUA